UAAUCUGGAGACAGGAUCCAAAGGCCUGGAGAAGCAGCAGUGCUGGAUGGGCCACCAUGUUCGACCCGCACAUCCACCCCAACCGUGCUCCACAAGGCGGCACCUCUUCAGUCACUCUCGACAUCCGACUUUACCUGUUCCAGCGGCUGGGUGGUGUUUCUCUCCGACUGGAGUGUCUGCAGACCGAUGCCCACAGCAACCAAAACGGCUCUGAGACUUUCCACCGGCCCGCCGCCACCCCUUGGCUGAAGAACCUCCACGCCCUGGGAGAAGCUAGGCCCCUGGUUCUCCCCUCCUCGGCCGGCCUGCCUGCUCCCCACCGGUCUCUGCAGCCACCCCUGCGCCUUUCCCGCGGUCUCAUCAGAAAACCAGCCCUGACACGCCAGAGGCCCAUCGUUCAGCUUCUACAGCCGCCCCUUCCCUGGGCCGGGUCAUGCGCUGCCCCAAGUGCCUUCUCUGCCUGUCAGCUCUACUCACACUCUUGGGCCUCAAGGUGUACAUCGAGUGGACGUCCGAGCCUCAGCUGGGCAAGGCCCACCCCGGACCCCGCGGCACCCCACCAGGCCCCACGUCCGCCAGCUCCGAGCCCACCCUGCCGGCUAACCUCUCAGCCCGCCUGGGCCAGUUGGGCCCACUGGCCUCCGCCUACUGGAACCAGCAGCAGUGGCGCCUGGGGACCCUCCCCAGCGGGGACAGCACUGAGGCGGGGGACUGCCGUGCUUGGGGGGCUGCUGCCGCGGCAGAGAUCCCCGACUUCACCUCCUACCCCGAGGAUCUCCGCCGCUUCCUGCUGUCGGCAGCCUGCCGGAGCUUUCCGCGGUGGCUGCCCAGAGGCGGCGGUGGCCAAGUGGCCAGCUGUGAGGAUCCCGACGUCCCCUACCUGCUCUUGGCCAUCAAGUCAGAGCCAGGACGCUUUGCAGAACGACAAGCCGUGAGGGAGACGUGGGGCGGGCCGGCUCUCGGCGUCCGGCUGCUCUUCCUGCUGGGGUCCCCAGAGGGCAAGGCAGGGCCCGACCUAGGCUCCCUGGUGGCCUGGGAGAGCCGCCGCUACAGUGACCUGCUGCUCUGGGAUUUCCUCGAUGUCCCCUUCAACCAGACGCUCAAGGACCUGCUGCUGCUGGCCUGGCUGGGCCGCCACUGUCCCGGAGUGAGCUUCAUCCUGCAAGCCCAGGAUGACGCCUUUGUGCACACCCCCGCCCUGCUGGACCACCUGCGGGCCCUACCACCGGGCAAGGCGCGAGGCCUCUACCUGGGAGAGGUCUUCACCCAGGCCAAGCCCCUCCGGAGGCCUGGAGGCCCCUUCUAUGUGCCAGGGUCCUUCUUUGAAGGCGGCUAUCCGUCCUAUGCGAGUGGCGGCGGCUACAUCAUCGCAGGGCGCCUGGCACCCUGGCUGCUGCAGGCAGCGGCCCGUGUGGCCCCCUUCCCCUUCGACGACGUUUACACUGGCCUGUGCUUCCAAGCCUUGGGCCUGGCGCCCAGGACCCACAAAGGCUUCCUCACGGCCUGGCCAGCAGACCGCACGGCUGACCCCUGUGCUUUCCGAGACCUGCUGCUGGUGCGGCCCCUGAGCCCCCAGGACAGCAUCCGCCUCUGGAAGCAGCUUCAGGACCCUCAGCUCCAGUGCUGAACCUUGGUGGGGGGUGGGGCCAGACCUGUUGGCCCCUCGGUCAGCCUCUCCUGCUAGGCCUCGAUGGGAGGAAGGAGGUCCUAGAAAGGAGGCUGCUUGAGCCCCUCCUGGGCCGCCCAAGAGGUAAGACUGUUUAUGAAAAGUCCAUACUCUUCA